GGACUGGUUGCACUGAAACGCCCCAUGUGUUUGGUAUGUUCCUGCCCUGCGUCCUUGACUUCGGACCCACCGUGACUCUGAUCAGGAUAAGCAGUUUAAAGUGGGGGGUAAAUGGGCGGCUGAUGGAUUGGCGUUCAUACCAAUCACGAGACAAUGCUGGCACGGAACCGCUUCAUCCUGGUGCUGGUCGUCGGGGUGGUACUAGCUGUGCUAAGCUUCAGAUUUCAGUUCUUGCAACCAACACCCACCAGUCCGAUGGCUGAAGACGUGCCCCUCGGUAAAAGCAGAAAGCGAGUCAACCCAGUGGUCCACACGGAGCCUCCCGAACCUGAUCCGAUCAGGGAUUCUUACCGCUACUGCAACCUGCCUAAUCAGACCGAACACACGCGCGAGGGUCACAGCCCGGCUGACUACAGGCUGCUCUCCGUGCAAGUGAUGAUACGCCAUGGCGACCGGUACCCGCUCUACCCCAUCCCGCAGACCAAGAGACCGCCCCUCGACUGCACCCUCUCACCACACAGGAAGCCCUCUCAUCCCUUGCUGGCCUCCUUUAUCAGUCACAUGGCGCAGGGUGGGCGUGGCCACUGGGACGCAUCAUUAGGAUCUUUACCCCGAGUACCCAAUCACAGCAGCUGUGAACUGGGCGAGCUCACACAGACAGGUGUGGUGCAGCAUUUAAAAAACGGCGAGCUUUUGCGCCAGGCCUACCUCAAGCACCACAAGCUGCUUCCUCCCGACUGGUCAUCUCAGCACUUGUGGGUGGAGACUACAGCAAAAAGUCGCACCCUGCAGAGCGGAUUGGCUCUGCUCUACGGUUUCCUGCCUAAUUUCGACUGGUCGAGGCUGACCGUGCGGCAGCAGAGGAACAGCCUGUACUGCGGCGCGCUGUGCGAGUGUCCCGCACGCAAUCGCUUCCUGGAGGAGGACCAGCGGCGCCAGUACCGCCUUCGCGUCUCUAACGCCGAACUCGAGCGCACCUAUGUCGCCAUGGCGAAGGCUGUGGGCGUGGCCACGCGCGCCAUGCGAGCGGCGAAUCCGGUGGACUCUCUGCUGUGCCACUUUUGCCACGGCUUGCCCUUUCCCUGCGCCAGUCCCCACCCCUUCCCAGCCCCGGAUGAGGGGGCGUGUCUGACGCUGCAACACUUUGCCGUGAUUCGUCGGCAGCAGCGAGACGACGAGUGGGAGCGCCGGGAGGCUGGGCUGUACCGACGCUAUGCCGUGCUAGCGGCGCAUCCCUUCCUGAACCGGACGGCCCUGCGGAUGGAGAGGGUCGCCCGUGGCAAACAGGAGCCUGCGCUCGCGUUAGCCUCCGCCCACGACAUCACCAUGGCGCCCGUGCUCAGCGCCCUCGGUUUGGAAGGGGCGGGGUUUCCGCGGUUUGCCGCUCGCCUCGUGUUCGAGCUGUGGAGAGCUCCAGAGACCAGAAACAAGGGAACAAAGGGCGUGGCGGACGCGUACGUGCGGGUGCUCUACGACGGACAGGAUUUGACCUUCGAGACCGCCUUUUGCCGCGACCAUGAUCGGCACUCGGCUCAGCCGCUGUGCCCUCUGGGUAAUUUCCUUUCCUUUGUGAGGAAGGACAUGUUUAGCAUUGUGAACGCCACCAGCUACCAUCAGGCCUGCCGCCAGCAGGUACCGUAGGAGACGCAGCGGAAAUAUUCUAGCAAUUUUUUUAUGUUCACUUUAACGUUUACGCCGUAUUAAAAUCGCAAUCUGGAAAUCACAGAUCAGUCUGUGUACCAGGGCUGUGCAAUAUAAUUAUCAGUAUUGCAAUAUAUUAACAUUUACGUAUCCAGGUUUAGUCGGUGUUGUCAGUUAUCCAGUUCCGUUAAUUCUUACUACAAACCCAGUUUCAAAAUAAUUGGGACAAUAUGUUUUUGACCUUUUUUUUUUUUUUUUUUUUUGUGUAUUUACACUCAUCUUAAAAUUUGACGUUGUCCUACAAAGCCUCAGUCGAUGUUCCAGUUCAUUCCAGAGCUGUCGAGUGGGACCAAGGUGCAGGACACUGGAGUUUCUUCAUGUCCUUAUAGAGCUUUGCUUUGUGCACAGGGGCACAGUCAUGCUGGAACAGAAAAAGACCUUCCCUAAACUGUUGUAGCAAAAUCAGAAGCAUAUCAUUCCCUAUAUACUUGACAAUUUUUUCCAUACGGUGUACAUAGAAACCUCCAAAAUAGGUGUUUUUGGAAUGCGUAGCAGUUAGGAACUAGCUUAUACAUAAAUGUCCUUUUGGACACUGGUAGCCUAGUGGGGAGAGCUUUGGGCUAUCAACUGAAAGGAUGAGAGUUCGAAUCCCAGCUCUGCCAUGCAGCCACUUUUGGGCCCUUGAGCAAGGCCCUUAACGCUCGAAGAAAGAAUUUUGUUGUACUGUACACCUGUAUAUGUAUAUACACUGAUCAGCCUAUCAUUAAAAC